GGAACCAACAAAAAAAAAAAAAAGCCCAGCAAAGUCUGAAGUCAAUCUCAACCGUCCGAUCAAUUCAUCUACCAUCGUCACAGAUCUUCUUCUUCGCCUCUCUCUCUCUCUCUUUCUCGUUUCUCAAAAAUCAAAAUCCCUUCCUCUCUUUCUUUCACCGAGCCGGCGAGCCCGUUCUCUCGGUGAUUCUAAAGAUGGUUAUGAUGGUGGCGAGUAAUAUCAGAGAUCAAGCUUUUUUACAUUCUCAAAAAUUAUAGAAUUAGCGAUUCUAUUCAACAACCCGCGACAAGCUUCUUCUUCUUGGUUUUAACUAGUCAUUUGUAAAUGGGUUGUUUCCAUUCCACGGCUGCGAGAGAAUUUCCAGGACAUGAGAACCCUGUCAAGCUUGCUUCUGAGACUGCUUUUAGUGUAAGUGAAGUUGAAGCGUUGUAUGAAUUGUUCAAGAGCAUAAGCAGCUCGGUUGUUGACGAUGGCUUGAUAAACAAGGAAGAGUUUCAACUUGCUUUGUUCAAGAACAGAAAGAAGGAAAAUUUGUUUGCCAAUAGGAUAUUUGAUUUGUUUGAUGUCAAACGAAAAGGCGUCAUUGAUUUUGGAGACUUUGUGAGAUCACUCAAUGUUUUCCAUCCUAAUGCUUCUCUAGAGGAGAAAACAGAUUUUACCUUUAGGCUAUACGACAUGGAUUGCACAGGCUUCAUUGAGCGCCAAGAGGUGAAGCAAAUGCUGAUUGCGCUUCUCUGUGAAUCGGAAAUGAAACUGGCUGAUGAUACAAUAGAGAUGAUACUUGAUCAGACAUUUGAGGACGCAGAUGUGGAUCGGGAUGGAAAGAUUGAUAAGACAGAAUGGAGCAAUUUCGUUAUAAAAAACCCAUCUUUGCUUAAAAUCAUGACUCUUCCGUAUCUCAGGGAUAUAACCACGACGUUUCCGAGUUUUGUCUUUCACUCGGAAGUGGACGAGAUUGCAACAUGAAGAAACAAGGGAAGCUGGUUUAUAGAGACUAAGUCGUAGGUUGGACCAAGAUCAAGAACAUGAACAAGAUUGAUUCCAAAAAAUGUUACAUAGCAGGAUCGAGCUUUAUUUCCUUGGAAUUUUUUAUUCUAUGUGUUUCAAUUACAUGUAAUGCAUUACUUUUGGCUCUCUCUUUCUUAACAUUUUUGAAUAUUAUUAAGUUGUAGUGUUCUACACUUCUACCAAAGAUUAAUACAAAAUCAGAAUUCCUGAUUAAAAUUUA